UAACAUCCAAAGUUCAGUGCAUGGUGACAGACAAUGCUUCCAACAUGAUCUUAAGUGCCCAGCUGCUCAAUCUUCGCCAUGUCCCAUGCUUUGCACACAAUUUAAAUUUGAUUGUAAAAAAGGCUCUAGAUCAAACCCCACUCAUCAAUGACAUACGACAGAAAGCAAGAAAGAUAGUGGGGUUGUUUAGAUCCAGUUGCAAAGCAAAGGACAAGCUUGUGGAAAUGCAGACCUUGAUGGGUAGACCAAGUCUGAAACUGCUACAGGAGGUUGACACAAGAUGGAAUAGCACUUUCGACAUGCUGCAACGUCUGUAUGAGCAAAGAGAGCCAGUGGGAGCUGCACUUUCUGGUUUAAACAGUGAUACUGCUCCACUUUCAAGUUUGGAGUAUGAAAUAAUUCAAGAAUCAUUGACAAUAUUGCAACCUUUUAAACUUGCAACAACAGAGUUGUCAGAGGAACAGAGAGUGUCUGCUUCAAAGCUCAUACCACUUUACAGGAUGUUGCAGCUCAAAAUGUCAGAGAAAAAAGGAAGUGCCAAUCAUGAAUCCACUAUACAAUUAGGCUCACACCUGCAAGAAGGUUUGCACUCCAGAUGUGGGGGGUACGAGUCUUUUAGAGCCUUGGCUCUGGCAACACUGCUAGACCCAAGGUUCAAACAUGUUGCUUUUGGAAACCCUGCAAAAGCCCAGGAUGCUGAAAGGCACCUUACCACGGAGUGCGCAUCACUGAUGCGUACAAACCCUCCAACUCCUGAGCCACAACUGUCAGCAGCAGGUCCUUCAUCUUCAUCAUCAUCAACAACAACAGCAGAAUCGCAGGACAAUUUAUGGGAACAUUUCGACAAUCGAAUACGUGAAACCCAGACAAUACAAAGUGCUACAGCUGAUGCCACUGUGGAAGUAAAAAAAUACCUGACAGAUGCAUUUUUACCAAGAACACAUGAUCCUCUGUCUUACUGGAAAGACAGAGCUGUUAUUUUUCCACAUUUGUAUGUACUUUCAAAAAAGUAUCUGUGCAUGCCAGCAACAAGUGUUCCUUGUGAGAGAAUUUUUUCUAAGGCUGGAGAAAUUAUAUGUAAAAAAAGAAGUAGGCUGAGUCCUUCAACAGCAGAGCAAUUGAUAUUUUUGAAUAAAAAUUUUGAAAUGUAACAAA